AUGCAGGCAUACACCGAGCUCGCGGCUCCCUCAGCCGUAACACAUUCAUUAACUGUCUCUCUCACUUCGGCUACAGCCAACAACAUUGUUGUCGCAAAGGGCUCCCUACUCCAGAUCUUUACAACAAAGACUAUAUCCGCCGAAUUCGACCCUGAAACCCAGUCUGCCCAACCCACGAAGCCCGAACCGGAAUUCGACCACCGCGCAAACGACGACGAUGGACUUGAAUCAUCCUUCCUUGGUGGCGAGUCAAUGUUUGUUCGAACCGAUCGUACAAACAAUACCAAGCUCGUCCUAGUCACAGAGCUUCCACUCUCUGGUGCGAUUACAGGCCUGGCCAAGAUCAAGACUAAGCAUUCAAAAUCUGGCGGUGAAGCUCUAUUGAUAGCGUACAAGGCUGCCAAACUGUGCAUGGCUAUAUGGGACCCUGAGAAGAGCACCUUGGAGACUAUCUCGAUUCACUACUACGAGAAAGAGGAGCUGCACGGUGCGCCGUGGGAGGUUUCUUUUGACGAAUAUGUCAAUUAUCUUGAGGCUGACCCGAGCAGUCGAUGCGCGGCCUUCCAAUUCGGCUCACGCAAUCUCGCGAUCCUACCAUUUCGACAAUCGGAAGAAGACUUGGAGAUGGAUGAUUGGGAUGAGGAUCUCGAUGGGCCCCGACCUGUCAAGGAGUCUACUACAGUCGCCAAUGGAAGUAGCGACACAUUAGAAGCAGCAUAUACACCGUCUUUUGUCCUCCGUCUCCCACUCCUUGAUCCCAGUCUGCUUCAUCCCGUGCACUUCACCUUUCUGCAUGAGUACAGAGAACCGACAUUUGGUAUCCUAUCAUCCAGCCAAGAAAGAGCACAUUCCCUUGGUCAGAAAGAUCAUCUCACCUACAAGGUCUUUACGUUGGACCUGCAGCAGCGAGCUUCUACGACCAUCCUCUCCGUUACCGACCUUCCUCGAGACCUCUUCAAGAUUCUGGCCCUGCCGGCGCCAGUUGGUGGUGCGCUACUCAUUGGUGAGAAUGAGCUAAUUCACGUUGAUCAGUCGGGCAAGGCCAAUGGUGUUGCUGUGAACUCAAUGGCUCGACAGAUCACCUCCUUCAGUUUGACGGACCAGGCGGACCUAAACCUACGACUAGAGCAUUGUGUUAUUGAGAAAUUGUCCAUCGAAAAUGGUGAACUUCUGUUGGUUCUCAACGAUGGUCGCCUUGGUAUAGUAUCGUUCCAGAUUGAUGGUCGAACUGUAUCUGGCCUCCACGUGAGAAUGGUUGCAGACGAGAAUGGGGGCAGCCUAAUCAAAAGCCGAGCAUCAACAGCAUCCAAACUCAGCAAGAACGCGUUCUUUGUGGGCAGCGACACCGGCGACUCUGUGGUGUUGGGAUGGACCAGAAAGAUGAACCAGGAGAAGAAGCGGAAGCCUCGCCUUAUCGACGCAGACAUUGCAAUUGAUGUGGAUGACCUAGAUCUGGAGGACGAUGAUGACGAGGAUGAUGAUCUCUACGGCACUGAAUCUGCAGCUGCAAAGCCAACUCAGGCUCUCAACGGGGGAGGCAAAUCAGGCGAAUUGAACUUCCGCAUCCAUGAUACCCUACUCAGCAUCGCUCCGAUCAAGGACUUGACUGCCGGAAAGGCGGCCUUCCUACCCGACAGCGAGGAAGCGACUCUUUCGAAAGGAGUUGUCUCGGAUCUACAUCUCGCAUGCAUUGUUGGACGAGGAAAAGCAGGGUCGCUGGCAAUACUCAACCGAAACAUUCAGCCCAAGAUCAUUGGACGAUUCGAGUUUCCAGAGGCCAGAGGUUUCUGGACCAUGGCUGUCAAGAAAGCCAUGCCCAAGGCUCUUGGUGGAAACGUCGGUGUCGGUAAUGAAUAUGAGACGUUCGGUCAGCAUGACAAGUAUAUGAUUGUCGCAAAGGUGGAUCUUGACGGUUACGAGACAUCAGAUGUGUAUGCUCUCACUGGGGCAGGAUUCGAGACUCUUAAGGACACAGAGUUUGAUCCUGCAGCUGGCUUCACAGUGGAAGCCGGGACAAUGGGCAAACAGAUGAGAAUCAUCCAAGUUCUCAAGUCAGAGGUUCGAUCCUACGAUGGAGAUCUCGGCCUCACUCAAAUCUUGCCAAUGCUUGACGAGGAAACCGGCGCAGAACCCAGAGUCACCAGCGCCAGUAUUGCGGAUCCUUACCUGCUACUCAUCCGCGACGACAAUAGCAUCUUUUUAGCACAGAUUGAUAACAACAACGAGCUUGAAGAAGUGGAAAAGAUGGAUACUACUCUCCAAAACUCCAAGUGGCAUGCUGGAUGCUUGUACACAGAUACAACGGGCGCGUUUCAGCCAAAUGCCAGCGACAAGGGCACAGAGACGGAGAAGAUCAUGAUGUUCUUACUCAGCUCAACAGGAGCACUACAUGUAUACGCACUUCCUGAUCUCUCAAAGCCUGUCUACAUCGCCGAGGGUCUCUGUUACAUACCCCCUUACCUCUCGGCAGAUUACACGCUACGACGAGGUCUUGCACGAGAGACCCUCCGCGAGAUUCUCGUAGCUGAUCUAGGCGACACCACCUCACAAUCCCCAUAUCUCAUACUCCGAAACCAAACCGACGACCUUACCAUUUACGAACCCCUACGGCAUAAGAGAGAGGGAGGCGAAACAAGUCUCCAUGCCACCCUUACCUUCAAAAAGACAUCCAACGUAACACUAGCAGCAACACCUGUCGAGAAAGAACAAGACGAUACCGUUGAGCAACCCCGUUUCAUGCCUUUACGACCAUGUGCAAACAUCAAUGGCUACAGCACUGUCUUCCUUCCUGGUUCAUCACCAAGUUUCAUCCUCAAAUCUAGCAAGAGCGUGCCUCGUGUCAUCGGUCUUCAGGGUAUUGGAGUCCGCGGUAUGAGCACAUUCCACACCGAAGGUUGUGAUCGCGGCUUCAUCUACGCAGACGAUGAGGGUAUCGCUCGUGUCACUCAGCUCCCGCCUGACACCAACUUCACCGAACUCGGCAUCUCGGUCAAGAAAGCCCCCUUGGGUGCUGAUGUCCGCGGUAUCGCCUACCAUCAACCAACCGGCACUUACAUUGCAGGCUGCAUGGUAAGCGAACCGUUCGAGCUCCCCAGAGACGACGACUACCACAAAGAGUGGGCCAAGGAAACACUCGCUUUCCCUCCCACCGUGCCUCGCGGCGUCCUCAAGCUCAUCAGCCCUAUCAGCUGGACCGUCAUCCACGAGGUGGAUUUUGAAUCCUGUGAAUCCAUCGAGUGCAUGAAAACGCUGCAUCUUGAAAUCUCAGAAGAUACCAAGGAACGUCGCUUCCUCAUCGCAGUCGGUACCGCCAUAGCAAAGGGAGAAGAUCUCCCCAUCCGCGGCCGCGUGCAAGUCUUCGACAUCGUAACAGUCAUCCCAGAGCCCGGCAAGCCAGAGACGAACAGACGUCUCAAGGCCAUCGCCCGUGAGGACAUCCCCCGCGGCGGCGUGACAGCCAUAUCCGAGAUCGGAACUCAAGGCCUCAUGCUCGUCGCCCAGGGCCAGAAGUGCAUGGUGCGAGGCCUCAAAGAAGAUGGCUCGCUUCUCCCCGUGGCUUUCCUCGACAUGAGCUGCCACGUCUCCAGCGCACGCGAGCUUCCGCGCACGGGUCUUUGUCUCAUAGCCGAUGCGUUCAAGGGCGUUUGGUUCGCGGGCUACACAGAGGAGCCGUAUACCUUCAAGGUCCUGGGUAAGAGCCAUGGCCGACUGCCGGUGUUGGUGGCGGAUUUCCUGCCUGACGGUGAUGAUCUUGCUAUUGUUGCGGCGGAUGCGGAUGGUGAUUUGCAUAUUCUCGACUUCAACCCUGAGCAUCCCAAGUCCCUUCAGGGCCAUCUCCUUCUCCACCGCACAUCCUUCUCCGUCUCCCCCAAUCCCCCAUCAACAACCCUUCUCCUUCCACGCACAACACCACCCUCCCAACCCACUCCCCAAGACCCCCCACACGUCCUCCUCCUCGCCUCCUCCACCGGCCACCUAUCAACCCUCAUCCCCCUCCCCGAGACGACCUACCGCCGUCUCCUAUCCGUGACGAACCAGCUCCUCCCAGCGCUCACGCCCCACGGCGGUCUGAACGCCAAGGCCCACAGACUACCCGACGGCAUACGCCCUGUUGGCGUCGAGGCAGCUGGAGGAAGAGCCAUAGUCGACGGCGCCGUGCUGGCGAGGUGGGCUGAGCUAGGCGCUGCGAAGAGGGCUGAGAUUGCAGGCAAGGGCGGUUAUGAUGGUGUGGCUGAGUUGAGAGAAGAGCUUGAGGGUGUAUUGGGAUGGAGUGGUCUGUCGUAUUUCUAG